AGAAGAGUAGAUUCGAAAUGAAGUUAAGAGCUUUUCGUGCGUGGGUUGAAUUUACAGGCGAUCCGCGUUUAGUAUCAAUUCAGAUCAAAUCUCAAUCUCAUUAAUGAAAUUGAUUCCCAGAUGGGAUCAUCUAUCGUCAAUCUCCCAUCUUCAACAACAACAUCAACAUCAAAACCAAAAUCAAGAUCUUCAUCUUCUUCUUUAGCUCAUCGCAUUUGAGAAUUCUUCCUGCCAUCAACAGCAAUGUCGUCGGGGUCUCAAACCCUAGGCGGCCAAUCCCGCUGCGGAUGGUUACUGGGGCCAUCACUCGACAAGAUCAUAAAAAAUGCUGCCUGGCGCAAACACUCUCACAUCGUCGCUGCCUGCAAAUCCGCCCUCGACAAGCUCGAAACCCUCACCGACGAUUCUUCCUCAUCAACUCCUCUAUACGGCGUCUCCUCCGCCUCCGACGCUGAAUCCUUCAUCCUUCCCCUCAUCCUAGCCAUUGAUUCAUCUUCUCCUAAAGUCGUCGAACCCGCCCUCGACUGUUGCUUCCGUCUUUUCUCCCUCCGCCUCAUCCGCUGCGAGAUCGACCCCUCUGAACAACCCCCCUCCCUCAUAUUCCGUCUCAUUGAUUCUAUAUGCAAGUGCAGUGGUCUCGGCGAAGAGGCUGUUGAGCUCGCAGUCCUCAAAACUUUGCUCUCAGCCGUUCGAUCAUCCACUGUUUUGAUCCGGGCCGAAUGCCUUAACCAGAUUGUGAAGACAUGCUAUAAUAUAUAUCUUGGAGGUGUCAAUGGAACUAACCAGAUCUGUGCAAAGUCGGUGUUGGCUCAGAUGAUGGCUAUCAUAUUCGCUAGGGUAGAAGGGGAUUCUCUGCUAGUCACCUUCAAUACAGUAUCCGUUACCGAGCUGUUAGAGUUCAAUGAUAGAAAUCUUAAUGAGGGGAGUUCUAUACAGUUUGUUCAGAACUUCAUUAACGAGGUUGUUUUCACUAACGUAGUCGAUGCUGAUCUUAAUGCAAAAUCGUUGCCUGAACUGCAAGACGGUAAUGCCAGUGAAAAAGCUGAGUCUCCGCAUGCUGAAUUGCCAGAUAAGGAGGAUUUGAGUGGUUAUUCUAAGAUAAGGGAUGAUGGGGUCAUGGUUUUCAAGAAUUUAUGCAAGCUGUCGAUGAAAUUCUCUUCUCAGGACCAAUCUGACGAUCAGAUCCUUUUGAGGGGAAAGAUGUUGUCUCUGGAGCUAUUGAAGGUAAUCAUGGACAAUGCAGGUCCACUAUGGCGUACAAACGAGAGGUUCCUAAACGUGAUCAAACAGUUCCUUUGCUUGUCCUUACUGAAGAACAGUGCACUUUCAGUCAUGUCAAUAUUUCAGCUUCUCUGUGCGAUAUUUCAGAGCUUACUAAGCAAAUACAGAUCUGUGUUGAAAUCAGAAAUCGGGAUAUUUUUCCCCAUGCUCAUUCUCCGUGUUCUUGAAAAUGUCCUUCAGCCAAGUUUCAUACAAAAGAUGACAAUCCUUAAUUUACUGGAUAAAGUAUCUCAGGAUUCACAGAUUAUGAUCGACAUUUUUGUCAACUAUGAUUGUGAUGUUGACUCUCCAAACAUUUUUGAAAGGACUGUGAAUGGUCUUCUGAAAACUGCUCUAGGUCCACCACCUGGUUCCACAACCACCUUGUCUCCUGUUCAUGAUCUGACAUUCAGAUUUGAAUCUGUUAAAUGUUUGGUUAUGAUCAUCAAAUCAAUGGGAGUUUGGAUGGAUCAACAGCUAAGAAUAGGUGAAUUUGGUGUAAAGAACAAUACAUCUGAUAAUAAUGAUAGUGUUCUUGAAAGUAGCAUGAGUGUAGGGGGAGAUGAUGUAAGUCUUCCUGAUUUGGAUUUGCAUCAAGAACCAAAUUCUGAACAUUCCACUGCUACACUAGAGCAACGCAGAGCUUACAAGAUAGAACUUCAGAAAGGUAUUGCUCUGUUCAAUAGGAAGCCUUCGAAGGGUAUUGAGUUUUUGAUAAGUAACAAAAAAGUUGAAGGGACACCUGAAUCAGUUGCAAUGUUUUUGAAAAACACUUCUGGUUUAAAUGAGACAAUGAUUGGUGAUUAUCUUGGUGAAAGGGAAGAUUUCUCUUUGAAAGUAAUGCAUGCUUAUGUGGAUUCCUUUAAUUUUGAUGGAAGGGAUUUUGGUGAGGCUCUUAGGUUUUUUCUAAGGGGUUUCAGAUUACCUGGUGAGGCUCAAAAAAUUGACAGAAUCAUGGAAAAAUUUGCUGAAAGAUAUUGUAAGUGCAACCCUAAUUCCUUCACUAGUGCUGACACAGCAUAUGUUCUUGCAUAUUCUGUGAUUAUGCUCAAUACGGAUGCCCAUAACAGCAUGGUCAAAGAUAAGAUGAGUAAAGCUGAUUUUAUUCGGAACAACCGUGGGAUUGAUGAUGGAAAGGACUUAGCUGAAGAGUAUUUGGGUGCUCUUUAUGGUCAAAUUGUGAAAAAUGAAAUUAAGAUGAAAGCAGAUGCUUCAUCAAUACCACAAAGCAAGCAGACAAACAGUGUUAAUAGAUUAUUAGGGUUGGAUGGUAUACUUAAUCUUGUUUGGAAACAAACUGAGGAAAAACCAUUGGGUGCAAAUGGAGCUCUUAUUAGACACAUCCAAGAACAAUUCAAGGCAAAAUCAGGAAAAUCAGAAUCUACUUACUAUGCUGUAGCAGAUGCAGCCAUAUUGAGGUUUAUGGUGGAAGUCUGUUGGGGCCCAAUGCUUGCUGCCUUCAGUGUAACACUUGACCAGAGUGAUGACAGGGCAGCCACUAAUCAUUGCUUACAUGGCAUUCGCCAUGCUGUGCAUGUGACAGCUGUCAUGGGUAUGCAGACACAGAGAGACGCAUUAGUCACAACUGUUGCCAAGUUCACAUACCUUCAUUGUGCUGCAGAUAUGAAGCAAAAAAAUGUCGAUGCUGUCAAGACAAUAAUAGCAAUUGCGAUAGAAGACGGGAACUAUCUUCAAGAUUCAUGGGAACACAUAUUGACAUGUCUAUCUAGAUUCGAGCAUUUACAGCUAUUAGGAGAAGGUGCUCCAUCUGAUGCAUCUUUUUUAAGUGGAUCAAACAUUGAAACAGAAGAGAAAUCUGUAAAGUCCAAUUUCACAUCCUUAAAAAAGAAAGGAACCCUUCAAAAUCCAGUUGUAAUGGCUGUUGUUCGAGGCAGUUCUUAUGAUAGCACUUCUUCCAAUAAUCACACAUCAGGAUUAGUAACCCCAGAUCAAAUCAACAACUUCAUUUCCAACUUAAACCUUCUUGAACAAAUUGGGAAUUUCGAGCUUAAUCACAUCUUUGCUCAUAGCCAGAGACUAGAUAGUGAAGCUAUUGUAGCUUUUGUGAAAGCUCUUUGUAAAGUUUCCAUGACAGAGUUGCAGUCUGUUACAGAUCCGCGGGUGUUCAGUCUCACUAAAAUAGUUGAAGUUGCGCACUACAACAUGAACCGAAUCAGAUUAGUGUGGUCUCGCAUAUGGAGCGUGCUUUCAGACUUCUUUGUUUCAGUUGGUUUAUCAGAAAACCUUUCAGUUGCCAUUUUUGUCAUGGAUUCCUUACGCCAACUUUCCAUGAAAUUUCUUGAACGCGAAGAAUUGGCAAAUUACAACUUUCAGAAUGAGUUUUUAAGGCCUUUUGUCAUUGUCAUGCAGAAAAGCAACUCUGUUGAAAUCAGAGAACUCAUUGUUCGUUGCCUCUCACAAAUGAUCCUCAGCAGGGUUGAUAACGUAAAAUCCGGGUGGAAAAGCGUUUUCAUGGCAUUAACAGCAGCUGGAGCUGAUGAAAGGAAGAACAUUGUGUUGUUGGCAUUUGAGACAAUGGAGAAAAUAGUACGCGAAUAUUUUCCUUACAUAACCGAAACCGAAACUGCAACUUUCACUGAUUGUGUGAGAUGCCUCAUCACCUUCACUAACAGCAGAUUCAACAGUGAUGUAAGCCUCAACGCCAUUGCUUUUCUUCGAUUCUGUGCUGUGAAACUUGCAGAAGGAGGACUUAUCUGCAAUCAAGAAACUGUUCCUGUUGAUGAUGAUUCAACUUCAAGCAUUCAAGUGGUUAAAGAAACUGCUGAAACCGAUGGACAAACUCCCAUGGAGAAAGACGAACAUGCAUCCUAUUGGAUCCCUUUGCUCAGUGGGUUAUCUUCAUUAACAUCGGACCCAAGAUUAGCAAUCAGAAAAAGCGCAUUAGAAGUUCUUUUCAACAUCCUAAAAGACCAUGGACAUCUCUUCUCCCGAUCAUUCUGGAUCACAGUCAUCAACACUGUAGUUUUUCCCAUUUUCAAACACGUAAAUGAAAAAAAAGAAAAUCAACAAAACAAGACAUGGGAUUCGGAAACUUGCUCUGUAGCAACUCGAUGUUUAAUCGAUUUAUUCAUAAACUUUUUCCCGAUAAUGCGUGGGGCCCAUUUAUCCUCGGUUAUAUCGCUACUAGCAGGAUUCUUGAAAACCCCGGGUCAAGGUUCUGCUAGCACUGGAGUAACCGGGUUAAUGAGACUCGUGGGUGAGUUGGGUGGGCUGUUGACUGAAGACGAAUGGGCUUCUAUUUUUCUUGCUUUGAAAGAUACCUCGGGUUCCAUGUUGCCUGGGUUUUUCAAACUUGUUAGGGUUAUGGAUCGGAUUGAGAUGCCACCAAAUGUUGGCCAAAUCUACGAUGAUGCUGAGAUGCUCAAUGGAAAUGGUUCAAAUUCAAUUCAAGAUUAUGAAGAUGAUAACUUGCAGACUGCUGGAUACGUUGUUUCACGAAUGAAAACACAUAUAUCAACUCAGCUACUUAUCAUGCAGGUGACAACGGAUCUCUACAACAUGCACCAACAUUUACUAAAAGCAUCAAGUGUGAAAAUCGUGUUGGAAAUAUUCUUACAAACUGUAUCCCACUCACAACAACUAUCCUCCGAAACAAAUCUCCACAAAAAACUCCAAAAAGCAUGCUCCAUUCUCGAACUAUCCGACCCGCCCGUGAUCCAUUUCGAAAACGAAUCAUACCAAAACAUGCUCAACCUCCUCCACCACUUACUAGCAACCGACCCGGAUCUAUCUUCCGAAAUGGAGAUCGAACCUCAGUUGUUUUCAACGUGCGAACAAAUCAUAAAAAUAUACUUAAACUGUUCUAAAUUAGAAAAACAACAAGAACAUGUUCAUUGGAUACUUCCAUUGAAUUCAGCAGUGAAGGAAGAGUUAGGUGCGAGAACAGGGUUGCUUGUGUCGGCUUUGAGGGUUUUGACUGAAGUGGAGAAUGAUAUUUUUAGAAAGUAUGCGGCUCGGGUUUUUCCUUUGAUGGUGGAGUUAGUGAGGUGUGAGCAUAGCUCGCGUGAAGUACAGAUGGUUUUGAGUGAGUUGUUUCAGAGAUGUAUAGGCCCGAUAAUAAUAAUGAAAUCGUGACAUGUUUUUUUUUUUUCUGUAAUUAUAUAUAUUAUACAUUAAAAAUAUAUAUAUGUAUUUGUAGGGUAGUGGUGUAGUUUUGGUUAUGACAUGAUUUGUUUAUCUUGUGCUCCAUUUUUGGGACUGUAGUGUGAGUGUUGUAUUUUGUAUUUGUAUUGUAGGGUAUGGUA